AUGUACCUAGUACUUACGUGGCCAUUCGGCUAUUGCUCUGGUUCGCAGAGGGGGUUGUGUAAAAUGAAUCCAUUGCCCCAGGACAUGACUAUACACGGCAUAUGGCCAGUGGACAGUGCUGGGAACUCUAUCCUUUCUUGUCACAUUCCCCAGGAUCUUACUCCUGUGUUCAAUGACAAAACGUUGCAGGAUAAUUUGCUGGAUCACUGGCCUAGUCUCACUGGCCUGAUUAGCGAUAUAAAGUCGCAAAGGGAUUUUUGGUCUUAUGAAUAUAACAAACACGGAAAUUGUCAAUCGAAGAUGGCCAAAGAUUAUUUCUGGGCAGGGAUCAGUUUGAAGCAGCACUCUAGCAUCUUCCAAGCUUUAAAGGAUGCAAACAUAACGCCUGGUCAACAUUACAAACGGGCUGAUUUUGAAAAAGCAAUCAAAGCAAAAGUGGGCACAAGUGAUAUUUGUUUAAGGUGCUUAAAAAAUCAAAAUGGUGACUUUCUGCUCAAAGAGAUUUACCUCUGCAUUGAUGCACAAGCAACAAAGGCCUUGGGGAUAGAGCUCUUAAGGACAAUUGAUAGACCAGAGCACAAGGUUGCAAUUGGCAUUGAUGAUGUGUACAAAAGUCCUGAAGUUGUCAACUUUGUAACACAAGAGCUUGGUGGCAAGAUAACUCGUCAACCUGGACCAAUUCCUGGACUCAACAUCAACAUCAACCCUUUUCUAGGUCCAUAUGGCUGGAAAACUGUAAGUUUUCUCUAA